UGUUCUUAUUUGGUGCACUUUCUUCGAUUAUCGAUAUCGUCAAUGCUUUACCUGAUACCGUUCCUAAUGUUCCUGGUAGUAAUACUAGUCCAACCGCUGGUGUUGCCGAAAUGACAGGACCACUUACGCCUCAUGCUAUCAUCGUAGGGAUCAUUCUUAUCAUUACUGGAUUUAUUUUUUGUUUCUUUGGACGAAAAAUUUAUCAUCUUACAUUAUUCUUAAUUGGAUUUUACGUUGGAGCUAUUGCUAUGUGGAUGGCUCUCAUUAAUAACGAGCCUCCCGGAGGAUAUGGUGGCUCUAAUUCAAACAUGACAAUUAUUCUUGUAGUUUCCCUCGCAGCAGGUUUAAUUGUUGGUAUGCUGUUCAUCUGUUGUGCAGAUUUUGCAGUCUGGUUAUUAGGAGCGCUUGCUGGUUAUUUAUUUGGAGUGUUCACUAUCG